AUGAUUAUAACUUCACCCAAGGCACUCCUCAACUUUCAAAGGUAUUUAAAUCAUCUUGACCGCUAUAAAGAGGCCCCGGAUCGAGAGCAUUACAUUAAUGAUGACGAAGAUUCCACAUCACUGAUCGCAUCUCAAUUUUUCAAUUCGUCUCAAGGUGUCCUCCCGUUUGAGAUUCUCGAGGACUCUUCAGGGGGUUGUGACGUCAGCGGCGACUUUAAUUGCGCACUUCGUUAA